AGCCAAUAAUAGUUCACUGUUUUCCUACCAAAUUGGCAGACUGAAAGGUAGAAGAUGCAUCAUCCUUAUGGUACCCUGAGAGCAUCUGGUAAAGUGGUGAGCUCUAAGCCCAGGGAAUAUGGAGCAGUGGCUCUUUCUGCCCUUCAGACUUACCCUCUCUCCUUCCCCGCCUCACGUCUGCCAUGGAAACCAGGAGAUGCAGAACUCCAAACAAAAGUGACAUCAGGCAGAGCUUCUCGGACUGUAAAGGGCGUGCAGAUCCCCCAGGAACACUGCUGCUCUGUGCGUCCUGACUCCCUAGUCUGGGGUUCUGCAGGUCUUAAGAGCUGCCCAUCCCAGCUCAGAGCUGAGUGAUGUGGGCCAGGAAAGUUGGAGCUUCGGAAUCACGCAGAUUGGGUUCACACUUAGGGAAAAAAAGGCACUUGGAGCUGAAGAUGGACCAGGCUUUGCUGCUCAUCCAUAAUGAACUGCCUGGGACAAACCUGACCAUCUACUGGAAUUUCGAUCGCUGUUAUCAUUGCCUGCUCCAGGUCCUGGUUGACGUCUCCCAGAGCAGGAAACCCGGGGAGCCCAGCAUUGAGGCUGUGGCUGUGAGCACCCAGCACGGAUCCAUCCUGCAGCUUAAUGACACUGCGGAGGAGAAGCAAGUUUGUAGGCUGGAAUACAAAUUUGGGGAAUUUGGAAACUAUUCUCUCUUGGUAAAGCACACCCACGAUGGAGUCAAUGAAAUUGCAUGUGACCUGGUCGUUAAUGAGAAGCCAGUUGACAGUAACCUUCCCGUGAGUAUCGCAUUCCUUGUCGGCCUGGUGCUCAUCAUUGUGGUGUCCUUUCUAAGGUUCGCGCUGAGCUUGGAAGACUUCCGUGAUUGGAUUUCUAAAGCCAUAAAUUCUCAGGAAACGGAUGGCCUCAUCAAUUCUGAGCUGGGGUCUCCGAGCAGGGCGGGCGACCCCCAACCAGAGGCUUGGCGUCAGUCGGCGGCCCCCCUGCGCCUCCGCUGCGUGGACACGUUCCGCGGGAUCGCUCUCACCCUCAUGGUCUUUGUGAACUACGGAGGUGGGAGGUACUGGUACUUCAAGCACGCGAGUUGGAACGGACUGACGGUGGCUGACCUUGUGUUCCCGUGGUUUGUGUUUAUUAUGGGAUCUUCGAUCUUUCUGUCAAUGACUUCCGUUCUGCAGCGGGGAUGUUCAAAAUUCAGACUGCUGGGGAAAAUUGCGUGGAGGAGUUUCCUGUUAAUCUGUAUAGGAAUUGUCAUUGUGAACCCCAAUUAUUGCCUGGGUCCACUGUCCUGGGAGAAGGUGCGGAUCCCUGGCGUGCUCCAGCGGCUCGGGGGCACCUACUUUGUGGUCGCCGUGUUGGAGCUGCUCUUUGCCAAGCCCGUGCCUGAGAGCUGCACCUCGGAGAGAAGCUGCUUUUCUCUGCUGGACAUCAUAUCCAGCUGGCCCCAGUGGCUCUUCAUCCUGAUGCUGGAAGGUGUUUGGCUGGCCUUGACCUUCUUCUUACCUGUUCCCGGAUGCCCUACCGGCUAUCUGGGCCCCGGGGGCCUCGGAGAUUGGGGCAAGUAUCCGAAUUGCACGGGAGGCGCUGCCGGCUACAUUGACCGCCUGCUCCUAGGAGACCAUCACCUUUACCAGCAUCCUUCCUCGGCUGUGCUUUAUCACACCGAGGUGGCCUACGACCCAGAAGGCAUCCUGGGGACCAUCAACUCCAUCGUGAUGGCAUUUUUAGGAGUUCAGGCAGGGAAAAUACUCCUGUAUUACAAGGAUCAGACUAAAGGCAUCCUGAUCAGAUUCGCUACCUGGGGUUGUUUCCUUGGGUUUAUUUCUGUUGCUUUGACAAAGGCUUCCGAAAAUGAAGGCUUUAUUCCAGUAAACAAAAACCUCUGGUCCAUCUCCUAUGUCACCACGCUGAGCUCCUUCGCCUUCUUUAUCCUGCUGGUCCUGUACCCCGUUGUGGACGUGAAGGGGCUGUGGACGGGAACUCCGUUCUUCUACCCUGGAAUGAACUCGAUCUUGGUGUACGUGGGCCACGAGGUCUUCGCCAACUACUUCCCCUUCCAGUGGAGGCUGGGGGACAACCAGUCACACAGGGAGCAUCUCGUUCAGAACAUAGUCGCCACUGCACUCUGGGUGCUCAUCGCUUACGUUCUCUAUAAGAAGAAGGUGUUUUGGAAAAUCUGAGGCCUCAGCUGAGAGGUGUUGCUAGCAGACAACAGGGCCUGGGGCAUCAUUAAAAGGAGGAUUCAUUAUAAAACUGCGUAUUUCCAGGUUAUUGGGGGCGAUGCGGACGUGCUCAGCCUGGUUGAUUAUCGGACGUGGCUCAUCUGACUCUAUACAUGAGGCUCAGACGUCUGAAACGUGAUUGUCUUUCCUCUCCAUCUUCUGUAGAAAUGGAUGCCUUUGCAACUUCAUUCUCAGGAUUUCUCCUCUAAUUUUUCACAAGGGAGUUAACCAGGCCAUUUUGCUUCUGUGACCACCUACGGUCUGACCUUAUGAUCUUUCCUGCAGACUGCCUUUCUGUGCUGGUCCACGCCGACCAAGAUACCACCGUUUCUGUUGUGUCUGACUGUGAAGCUCAUUGGGUAUAGUGUGUGGUAACAUAGUCUAACAUAUUUCGGUUACGUACAGUUUAGUAUUUCAAGAAAUUCCAAGUAAUCUCCUUUCAGAUCUGUAAGUAACUGGUGGGUCCAAAAAAAUGCCUUUCUAUCAGAAGCCAUUUUCUCCUUUUCCUCAUUUGAAAAACAAGUGAAACAGUAGGUGUGUUAUUCCCAGCCACCCUUGCAUAUACCUAUCUCUCUACCCACCCACCUCCUGCCUGCCUGUCUGUCUUUCUGUCUGUGUGUCUGGCUGGUAGCCAUCCUCUGACUCUAGGAAGAGAGAGAAGCUCAUGGUCUCGGCCGGGCUCCUGCUGUGGCGUCUUUGCCGGGUCAGACGCGAGGCAGGUCCCCUCACAACGAGGGACACGGUGCUGCCCGCUCAGCUCCCCUCCAGCUCUGAGACCCAGUGGGGUGGGAGACAUCAGUGGCAUUUCUGAAAUCCUUAGAAAAAUAAUUUUGUUACAGAAAACUCUUCAAAAUAAAUGAGGAGUUUAAAAAACUCUCAUCAGAGUAACUCUUUUCAGAAUGACCCUCCACAGUGGAGGCAGCUUUCCUGCUUGGAAUCACCAAACUGCAGAAUUGUUUCUCAGGAGUGAAGGAGGAGAACACAGGGGACCAGCACCCCCGUUUUGCAGCAUCCUACUUAGGGAUUUCCUGUGAGAAUUCCAAACUGAAGGAAGAUGUGGCUAUAGGUGUACUUUGGAGCAUCCUUGCAUGGUGAGACGGGGUCACUUCGACCUGUCCCCUGAUGUCAGCUAUCACCCUGCUUGGAUAGUGAGUUUCCAGCUACCCCGUCUCUACCCGAACUCUCAUCCCAACUUGUACCCGUCCACCUGGGUGUCCGCCAGCAUUCAGGCUUCCCCCUCCACCCUCUCUUCUCAAACACAAGCCUUUCCGGCUUGGAUUGUCCCAGCUCUGCAGACAGGUGACCCUCUGUCUCUCGGAUAAAACUGUCUUUCACCCGCUUUACCUCCUCUGUCCCCCUUUCCCAUGUUUAGUCAUUGCCAAGUCGUCUCAGUUCUCACGGUCACUGCCUGUUACUCUUGCCCAGAUGCCAAGAGGAAUCAUUUUUCAACCGGCCUCCUUCCCUCAGUCCCUCCUUCUGUAAAGCCACUGUCCACUGCCCCAGAUUACACUUCAUAAACAGAGCUGACUCACAUCACCUCCUUAUAAGCACUUACACUGAAGUUCGAACAGCUUUGCUGGCAGGUAGAGCCGUCCUCCGUUGAGCCCAGCACACCUUCUCGGCUGUGUCCAGCCCCAUCAGCUGCCUCCUGCCCCUGAGUUUGAUUAGUCCCCUUAGUUUUCUCCCAUCGACCCUUGACCUAUCACAUUUGCCCCCUGCUUCUAAGGCACCUUCUCUAAUCUCUUAAUCUUGUCCCUAAGUAAUAUUUUCUUGCUCUGAGUUCUCGUAAUAUCUGAUUGGGCUCAAUCUUGUGGCGCUUGUUGCUCUCUGCCUUGUAUGACAGUGAUUUGGGUACAUGACCAGUUUCCCACGCUGGCCUGUGAGCUUGUGGCGGAUAAGGCACAUUCUUCACGCACGCCACAGUGGCCCGUGCAGAGCAGGCACUAAAUAAACGUGUGAAAGCAAAA